AAGUCCAAGCAAGUCGUCCACACACACACCAUCCUCUUCUUCACCAUGGACAAGUCCAACCCUCCCGCUCUGCCUCUGGCCGUUGCUGCGAUUCUGGGCGUUUUUGACAAACAUGCGAGUAAAGGAGGCGACCCGACCAAACUGUCCGUCGCGGAGGCGAAGGAGCUGAUCCGGGAACAGAUGGGCCCCAUGUGUGAGGAGGCAAAAAACCAGCCGGACGUGACCCAGAUUCUGCAGAGCAUGGACUUCGACGGCGACGGCGAGAUGGACAUCAUGGAGUUCAUGACGUUCCUGACGUGUUACGCCUGCGCCUGCUACGGGAAAGUCUGCGAGAUGAAAGGAAGGAGGAAGUGAACCAAGGGACCACGCGUCGUUUGGGGUCAGCUUUUCUGCGGUGUUUCAAAUAAAAAGAAUAAAA